UCAUUUUUGAUCACGUUUACCAUGUGCCUGUGAUUUAUUUAUUGACACAUUUAAAAUAUAUCAAGUAAAUCAAUUAGUGAUAAGACUACUUUCUGAAUUUAUUUAUUAACAAAAAUGGGUAAAAAAGGAAAAGGAAAAUCUAGUGAUCUUGGAAGAGCUUUAAUGAAAAAUAGGUUUGGUUCUUCAAAGCAAAAACGAGGAGAAUCUAUGCUUCAUACAGCAGAUAUUAAUGAUGGUUAUCAAUGGGAUCGUUUAAAUUUAUCAUCUGUCACAGAAGAAAGUUCCUUUCAAGAAUUUUUGUCUACUGCACAACUAGCAGGAACAGAGUUUCACGCGGAGAAACUCAACAUAAAGUAUGUCAAUCCACAAAGUAGUAUAGGACUUUUAUCAGAUGCAGAGCGAGCUGAACUUUUAGAAACUCAUAAAUCAAACGAAGCUUUACUAAAGAUCCCACGAAGACCUAAAUGGAAUGAUCAUACAACUGCCCACGAAUUGCAAACAAAAGAGAAUGAAGAAUUUUUAGAAUGGCGAAGACAAUUAGCUGUGCUUCAAGAAGCACAAGGAUUAACGAUGACACCUUAUGAAAAGAAUUUAGAAUUUUGGAGGCAACUUUGGCGUGUUGUUGAACGUAGUGAUGUUAUUGUACAAAUAGUUGAUGCUCGAAAUCCACUAUUAUUUAGAUGUGAAGAUCUAGAGAGAUAUGUCAAAGAAGUUGAUGCUGAUAAAACCAACAUGAUUCUUAUUAACAAGGCUGACUUUUUAACUACUGAUCAACGACAAGCUUGGUGUGAUUACUUCACAGAUCAAGGAGUUCGUGUAGCUUUCUUUUCAGCUCUAGCUGUAACGGAGUCACAAAAAUCUGAAGGUCAAAGGCUAACAGCAACUUCAAAAACUAAAAUGACAGAUAUAAUUGAAGAAGAGGAAGAUAAAAAUGAUGAGAGUUAUGGAGAUGAUAAUAAAGAUGACAACUGUGAAAGUGAAAAUGAAAGUGAGGAUGAAUCACAUUCAUCGUAUGUUACAAAUUUUAAUUCUGAAAGUGAAUAUGAGAGUGCUAUUGAUGAUGGUACAGAUGAAAAGUCUAACCAGACAGACAGUGAAAAAAAUACAAUAAUAAAUAGUACAAAAGAUGAUGUAGAGGAAUCCAAAAUUUUAGAAGCUAAUUCACCAGAACUUUUAACAAGAGAAAUGUUAAUAUCUUUGUUCAAGUCAAUUAGAAGAAGUGAAAAGAAUCAUUUAGAAAAUGUAGUAACUAUUGGACUCGUUGGAUAUCCAAAUGUCGGUAAAAGUUCAACUAUAAAUGCUAUUUUAGCUGAUAAAAAAGUAUCUGUAUCAGCAACACCAGGCAAAACAAAACAUUUUCAAACUCUUUAUGUAGAUAAAGAAUUAUUAUUGUGUGAUUGUCCCGGUUUAGUAAUGCCUAGUUUUAUUUGUACUAAAGCAGAAAUGGUUUUACAUGGAAUUUUACCAAUAGAUCAGUUAAGAGAUCAUGUUCCAUCUGUUACACUUCUUGGAACAUGGAUUCCUCGACAUAUACUCGAGGACACAUAUGGUAUUAUGCUUCCGUCUCCAAUGGAUGGUGAAGAUCCAGAUCGUCCGCCAACUGCAGAAGAAAUUCUCAAUACUUAUGGAUAUAAUAGAGGAUUCAUGACUCAAAAUGGACAGCCUGAUAAUCCUCGAUCUGCUCGAUACAUUUUAAAAGACUUUGUUACUGGGAAACUUCUAUACUGUGUUGCUCCACCGGAUGUAAAACAGAGUGAAUUUCAUAAAUUUCCACCAAGACGUAAAAUUUAUUCUGAAAAUAGAGUUUUACCUCCAAGUCAAGUAAGAGCAAGUAGAGGAGUACGUAUUGAUACAAAAGAAAUGGAUAAAACUUUUUUCCAGAAUAAAUCAAGUGGUGUUCAUAUGAAAGGAUUAGAAAAAAUUCCUAUAAAUCCCAAUAGUGAUGGAAGUCUUGGUGAUAAACCAUGGAAAAAAAUCAAUAAACAUGCAAAUAAAAAGAAACAUGAAAAAUUAAGAAGAUUGUAUAGAUAUUUAGAUAUACACUAAUGAUGAUAACAAGUUUAUAGAUGUUGAAAUAAAUAUUUCAAAAAGA